GAGAGAGAGAGAGAGAAAGGGGAAGGUUGUUUCUAAAUAGAAGGCGUCGCUUAAAUAACGGAAAAGGCAUUGGCUGAGCUUUCACAGAAUUUAGGAAUGGGAUUUGAGAGAGCAGACCAGAGGCAGAGCUACCUCAGUCUCCAAACACCAAUGGAAGAGGGAGAGCGCUAAUGUUCCCCUGACUGUGAUGUGGCCAUGGAGAAAGUAGCCUCGGCAGACUCCUUUCUCCCCAUGCCCCGUGUGCCACAGAGGGCUGAGCCCCAGACCCUCCACCCUGGCACAGAAGACGACCAACCCUCCUCCAGCCUCAGACCGGCACCUGCCACACCCACCUCGCCCUCCCCAUGCCCCCUGAGCCGGCUCCUGCUCCAGCAGCAACCCAGGACCCCUGGAUCAGCCGUGAAAUCUAAGGUCAAGGCCUUAUCUGAGCACAAAAAGGCAGCCUUCAAGGCUGGCAUGGAUAAGAAGGCCUGUCCUGUGCCCUCCUCCCUAUUCAGUCCCUCACUUGUGAGCUGGGGCUCCAGCAGUAGCGACGACGAUGCAGAGUCCCAGGGUUACACAUUCCGGCCAGUUGUGCCUGACAGCCUGAUAGAGGAGGCAGGGAUGGCUGGGUCGGACUUCAGCCUGCUAGCACUCCCACGCAGCCUGGGCGAGGGCUCCAGCCUGGAGAACCUCUCUGACGUUAGCGCCAACGCUAGUCCCCUGGAGGAUAACGUUAGUGCCACUAACAUGGCUAAACCCUGGGUCCCUCCCAAGGGCUUCUGGAAGGCCACCAGGCCCGAAACGCUGCUGCUGACCGAGGACAAGCCUCCGGCCCCAGACAGGCCCUCGAUCAGGGCCCCUGGGGGCCAGCAGAGGAAGGCCAAGGGGCACAGCAGGGUGUGCAGGGAGCUGCUACGCAGGGACAGCCUGGAGGGUCUGAGGCGGUGUAUGGGCGUGCUGGGGUCCCAGGGGGCAACGGUUGGCCUGUGGAGGGCCGACAGCCUGGAGAGUGUGUGCAGCAAUGGGAGCUCCAUAUCUCUGGCAGAGAGGGUGGAGAUGAACCGGGGCCUCCUCAAGCAGAUGCUGAACAAGAGCCAGGGACCGGAGCCAGGGGCCAAAGAGCAGAAGGCAGAGGAGGUGGCCAUAUGCAACGGAAGAGAUUUCAUUACCCUGAAUGACAUUGACUGGGACUCAGGCAUCUCCCUCCAAGACAGCGAGCACAGCCAAAGGGCCUUUGUGUCCAGUGAGGACCUGCCGCUGAGUCAGCGCCAUGAGCAGGCCAAGCGGCUCCUGGAGAGCACCCGCAUGAAGGCCCGGUCCUACCCACUCAAGGCCGACCACACUAUCCUACCCAUGCAGAGGGACAACCCGGAGCAGCUGUCCACGGCUGGUGCUCCCUUUCACCGGGCUCCUCUGGCGGGGAAGGGAAGUGUGUCGGUGUCAUCGGCGAUAGUUGCCGCGGUUACCUCAUUGUCGGGAAACCUCAGUGACUCCUCCAGCAGCGACUCGGCCUGCGGCCCCCGCCGGCGCCCCGGCCAAUCGCCGACACGGGUCCGCUUCGAGGACGAAUCAGAGAAAGAUGCGGAGGUGCGCUACUUGGAGAGGCUCCGUCAGAGGAGGAGGGCCCAGGGUCUGCUCAUAUCCAAGCCCAACCUCUCUUCCUAUGUCAACGGGCGGAGGGACACUGAUCCAGGGCGCUGCCUCGAAGGCAGCUUCUUAUGGCACAAGAAGGCUUGCAGGACACAGGAGGGCUACGUAAACGGUGGCAGUGGGGGCCAUUUUAAAGCCGCGGCAGCACAGGAGGCGCUCAACAGGCAGUGCAACUCGUGCGGGACGUUCCUGGAAGGCGGGGUCCCGAAUCUGAACCUCCAUCUGAACCCAUCACCCCCGAAAGGGCAGAACGGCCCAGUGAACGAAGAAGGGGAGGGGAAGGUGCUGAUGUCUUGCUCGGUGGCUCCCAGUGAGCCCAGCCAGACAGUUCUUACCAAGCUGAUCAAGGAGACGUACAUUGGGAAGGUAACCCUCCGCGAUGUGGCGGAUAGCGACGGGACAGGGCGUGGCUCGGCGGGAGAGACAGACAGCAGCAGAGGAGGUGGGAGUGUUCGGGUGUCGACGAUGAAGGUGAAGAGGAGGAGUAGGAGAGGGGAGAUUCUGGGCACCAAUGGGCAUGGAGCACCCAUCACGGUGCCGCCAACACCACCACCACUAAGGUCCAAUCACAGUUUGGCACCAGUGAGCUCAACUAAUGGUAUUGUGGUGGUGCCGCCCAAUCCUUACGCCAUUGAGACACCUGUGUCAAUGGUGGUGGGUUUGCACACUCACUCUCCCGCUCCCCCAGAAGAACCCACAAACAGUCCCCUGUGCCUCAAGGGCACCCACUUUCCCCCUUCCCCACUGCCCAUCAAAUCAGCUCUGAAAACAGGACCCAAGAGUCGGCCCAUUGGCCAGCGAUCGGUCAAACUCAUGUCUUCACCACAGUACCGCCUUUUGUCCCAGGACUCCCUGGAAGACCAGGGGAGAGGGGCCGCACCCAGCCCCCAGAACGAGCACUCUGUUGGGGGGAACUUCAAGGAGGAUGGUCUGUCUUUGGGGCUGACUUCCAGCACUGGCACGAUAAUGCCCUGUAUCAGGCCUGUCUCCCUGCUGAAGACCUCCCCAUCACCAGCGAAGAAAGCAGAAGAGAAGUCGGUGCACCCUGCGCCACAGGCACCAGAAGUGGAGCUGCAUCAUCCAUUGAUGGGAGAGCUCUGUCUGGGUGGAGCCAGCAUCAUAACCCCUCCCCCAUACUACUCUGGAGGUGGCGGACGUGUCAGGGGGCCAAUGAGAGCAGAGCAUCAGAGGGAGGAUAGCCCUAGUCCAGCUCAGACGGUAGGGACAGAGACAGAGCAGCAGGAGGGCAGGUCCAAGCUUUCUCUGCGUCGUUUAUUCGCUGCCAUUGGCCUGAAUGGAGUGAGGAAGCUGGGUAAAGGGCGCUCCAGUAGCAUGGAGCAGCUUAGCUUCCAGCCCCGGGGUGUCCCCCCGGCCUUUCCUGGCCCUUCCUCCACCACCCCCACACCCAGCUCCAGCUCUAGCCUCAGUCCUGCACGCCCAGAACCCAGCCAACUGAGGAAAGCCCUGUCGCUCCAGUCCCUACGCAUGGGGUCACCUUUUAAGCAGCUGAGGAAAUCGUCAUCAGUCCAGAAUUUACAGUCGUCCAAGAAGAUGGGAGAUCGCUCCAGUCAAUUCACACCUGGAGACCAGCCCAGCAGCCCUGCUCUCAGUUGGGGCCUCCAGAGGGUUCUGAGUGUGGAGAAUGUGGGCUACCCCAGCGGGGUGCGCUCGGUAGGCAGUGUGGCCCAAGCCUUCCCUGACGGGACCCUCCUGCUGGAGCUCAGCAGACCCCCCAACGGACCCUUCGGUUUCCUCAUCUCCCGGGGCAAAGGACGACCCGACUCAGGUGUGUAUGUGGAGGAGAUGGAUGACAGCAGUACAGAGAAGAUGUACGCGGGGCUGCUGGGGGUGGGAGACGAGCUGCUGGAGGUGAACGGCGAGAAGGUGGCCGGACUCAGUCUGGACAUGGUGACACGCCUCAUGACCCAGGAGAACAUAGCCUCUGUCCGCAUGCUCCGACACAGGAGGCUUCCCCCUCGUCGCUAGACAACCUGAGGACCGCCGGUCACCGUGGUGAUGCCAUGGUAGCGCCAUGGCAACCGGCAAUGGCAUGGAAACCCGCAAUGUAAUGCAACCACAGACGCCAUGGCAACCAUCGACACCACAGAAACCACAAACACCAUGGAAACCUGGGGUGUUGGGGGUAUGACAGAGGGACAGUGUGUGUGACCAGCUCAAUGGAUGUGGAUAUGUCUAUGGCCGCUUGCUUUGACAGUAGUGUCUUCUCUCAGAAAUGUAGCGUUAUUCUUCUGAAGACACGUCAAGAUGUUUGACACGAUUGGCUCAUUUUUCUAUACGGUUCAGAUGGAGUUGCUAUUAGAGCAGGAGCUGUCUCAUAUUUCCUCAUGUCCUGUAAUAUACACUGCUCAAAAAAAUAAAGGGAACACUUAAACAACACAAUGUAACUCCAAGUCAAU